AUGUCCAAAAUUCAGUCAACAACAAGCAACACGAGGAAAGGAAUGCCAUCCACCAAGGAAACCCAUAAAUCCAGCACAACAGACAACGGGAGAACACAAAAACCCAUUGGAAAUUCAAACGCGACAACUGCACAAAAACCACAACCUUCGACUGUGACCGGCGCCAAAACUACAGGUCCCACGUUCACCAAUUCGCAAAAUUCGUCCAACACUCCAGCUAAAGCACAAAACCUCAGUACGCCAACGACCAGUGGCAUUACACACAGCUCAUUUAACAAAACCGAAUAUCCGCAAACAGAAAAAAAUUUGAAUAGAUCAACUGGAAACCCACAGCAUGACUCUGAGCCUCCGAGUCUGGCUAAGUCCAACACCACAGAUCCAGUGGUGACUACCACAAAAAAGUUGAUCUCUAAUCAGACUGAACCAGUAGCUCACAGGUCGGCAACAUGGAUUAGCGGAAAUACCAGUGAAAACAGCCAAACGGGUAACGUUGAAACAAAAGUACCUAUGGAAACAUCAAACGCGACGUCAGCACAAAAAUCACAAGCUUCGAUUGUCACAGGCACCCAAACUGAAGUAACCACGUUGCCUAGUACACGAAGUCCCUCCGGAAUUACAAAUGGAACACAAAAUCACAGUACGUUAGCGAUCACUGGCAUUACACGCAACUCAAUCAACCAAACCGAAAACCCGCAAACCGAAGAAACUCUGAAUAAGUCAACUGGAAACACACAGCAUGACUCUGGGCCUCCCAGUUUGUUCCAGGCCAACACGACAGCACCAAUGAGGGCUAGCACGCAACAAUUGAACUCUAAUCAGACUGAACAACUAGGCAAUAUAUCGGCAGCAUCGACUAGCGGGAAUACCAGUGAAACCAGCCAAACCAGGAACGCUGAAACACAUGAACAUACAGAAACUUCAAACGCGACGUCAGCACAAAAAUCACAAACUUCGAUCUCGACAGACAUCCAAACUGCAGAUCCCAAGUUGCCCAGUGAACGAGAACCCUCCGACAUUCCAACUGAAACACAAGAUUUUAACUCGCCGAUGACCACCAGCUUUACAUACAGCCUAUUUAGUGAGGACGAAAGCGCGCAAACUGAAGAAAGUUUAGACAGUUCAAGUGGAGGUAUGCUGCCUGAAUCUGAGUUUACGGAUAUGACAGAGUCCGAAAUCAUAGCUUCAACGAUAUCUACAACACAACAGUCGAUCUCCGAUACGACUGAACCAGCAGCCGAUAUGUCAGCAACAUGGAUUAACGAGGAUACCAGUGAAACCAUCCAAACCGAGAACGUUGAAACACAGGAAACAAUGGAAAGUUCAAGCUCGACAGCCGCGCAAAGAUCACACUCGUCGAUUUUCAUGGACACUCAAACUGCAGAUCAAUCGUCGUCCAGUGGACAAAAUCCCUCCGACAUUCCAACUGAAACACAAGACCAUAAUUCUCCAAUGACCAAUAGCUUUACACACAGCCUAUUUAGUGAGGACGAAAGCGCGCAAACUGAAGAAAGUUUGGACAGUUCAAGUGGAGACAUGCAGCAUAAAUCUGAGUCUCCGGAUAUGAAAGAGGCCAACACCAUGGUUACAACGAUAACCGAAGCACAACAGUCGAAUCCCAAUCCUAGUGAACCAGCAGCCCAUAUGCCGGCAACAUGGAGUAGCGAGGAUAUCAGAGAAACCAACAAAACCGAGAACGUUGAAACACAGGAACCAAAGAAAAGUUCAAGCUCAACAGCCGCCCCAAAAUCACAAUCUUCGAUUUUGUCAGACAUGCAAACUGCAGAUCCCGCGUUGCCCAGUGCACAAAAUCCUUCCGACAUUCCAGUCGAAACACCAGACCAUAGUUUGCCGAUAACAAUUGGCACUAACCACAGGUCAAUUAGUGAAGCUGAAGUCCUGCAAACUGAAGACAUUUUGGACAGUUCAACCGGUAGCAUACAUCGUUCCUCCUUCCAGCUCGCCAUCGUUGAUAUAUACCUCGUCAGUUCUUUGAUCGCAUGUCUUAAUUGA